GGCUCGGGAAGAGCAGGAAGAGGCUCGGGAAGAGCAGGAAGAGGCUCGGGAAGAGGCUCGGGAAGAGCAGGAAGAGGCUCGGGAAGAGCAGGAAGAGGCUCGGGAAGA